AUGAAUCUGGUGGCGUUGUUUGACACGGAGGAUGCAUCAUCAGAGAUAGAGGAGAUCUUGGCACAGUUCGAAAAUCCUACAUUUCCAUUGGAAGAGAUCAACACAGAAAAAGAUGAAGAAUGGCAACCUUUGGAACGAAAAUAUAAAGAUGGGGUCAAUCAAAUCAAAGAGGAAAUGCUCACAAAACUAGGACACUUGGAAAAAGAUUUGGAAACAUCAUUAACCCACAGUGAGAAGGUUCUCAAAAGCCAUCGAGACUUCAGACCAAUUGAUGAAAGGGACUACUGUAACAUCCGGCAAAGUAUCAAUAAGCACUUUGAUCAGGCCAAAAUCAACCUUCGUGGAGAAGCUGCAACCAAAAUUCUUGUUCUCCGGAGAGACAUUGAGCAACAGGGUCGGAAACGUCGUAACUUUGACAAGAAUACAACGGACACUCUACAAAACUGGUUCCACGAUCACCGUCAAAAUCCGUAUCCUUCCGACCAGGAGAAAGCAGAAUUAGCAAAACAGUGUAAUAUCAAAAUUUCUCAGGUAAACAAUUGGUUUGGAAAUCAAAGAAUUCGUUCAAAACAGCAAGCUCUGAGAAUGGAGGAAGAGGAAAGAAGACGUCUUGCACAACUUGCUGCUGACGAGGCGCAAGCUAUGCAGAAUGCACUUGCUGAUGCUACUGUAGUUGCUUCUCAGAAUCUGGUCAACUCGAGUCUUCUCAAUCUUCCUUUGGUCAAUCCUGCCAUGCAGGCUAUGGUUAUACCCGCUGUCCAACCAACUGUUAUCAAUAACACAAAUGGGUUUCUUCAACAACCUAACUAUUUUCCAGUCGGAGGACAGUUGCCAUUGACUGAUAAUGGAAAUGGACAGCAGUUUUACACGACUGACUUCGAGACCUUUGGACUUGUACAGCAACAGCAGGAUGUGGAGCAGCAACAGCAACAACAGCAGCAGUUUACCGCUAUGAACUAUUUGGGAUAA